UAUGCAAAAUAUAUCUCGAAGAUGUGUUGCAUGAUAUAUGUAUCGAUAAAAAUGUUUGUCUAGCGAUUAUUGGGAGGUAAAGGGAAUGAUGAGAUGCAUAAUCCAUGGUUUUUUUAAGUAACUAAAGAGUUGUUUUUAAAAAAAUCACAUGUAAAAUAAAUGAUCACUAGACUGUUCAAACUAGUCUGCAUAAAAGGUAAUGCAUACGAUCAUUCUGUCCAUUGAUUUAUGCGGCUAUUCUAUCAGUGGCUCUUCUGAAAUCGUCGGUGAUAGUAAUGGAUUAAGAAAGGAACCUGUCCAUAUAUCAUAUGGCUUCAAAUAAUUAUUGAUGCAUUCAAUGAAAAAAAAAUUCAAUUAACAAGUAAAACUUUGAAAACAUUUAGAGAUUGAUGAGAAAAAGAAAAACCUUUCUUUAGAUUCGAUUUAACUUAAAUAUAGCAAAUAAUCUCAUUUGUUCCCAUGACCAAAAUCAUAAUCACUAAUAUUCAUCUCUGAAGAAUAUUAUUAUUAGUUAAGGAAUCGAAAUUCAAUGUCGACCGAAUUGUGGAACUAUAUAGAAUUGGGAAGUACUGUUUAGUAAAAUACAUGAGAUUUGAAAAUACUGCUGAAUAUUCUGAUAUUUUCAAAAUAACAGAAAUCAAAUGUUUUCUUACUUUAAUAUAGGAAUUACAAGAUAGAAUUCAAAUACUUACAACUGAACGUAAUGAUUAUCAAUCCAUAACAAUAACAACCAAUGAACGUAUUAAAGAAAUUGAACAUGCUAGACAAAGUUUUGAAGAACGAUUAAAAGAAUUAGAAAAUGAUAAAUCAAGUCUUCAUAAUGAUAAAUUCACAUUUGAACAAAAAUUAAAAGAAACCGAAGGAGAACGUCGUGAUUUAUUUGAUCAAAAUCGAGAACAAGAAGAAAAUCUUAUUGAUUUAAUACAUGAAAAAGAAAUUCUUGAACAAAAAAUUAUUGAUUCAGAAGAAACAAUACGUGAAUGGGCACGAAAAUUUAUUGAUAUAGCUG